GGCUUGUACAUUAAUUGCAUGACCCACUGCCCUGCUUCCCGACAUCAAAGACAUGAGAAAUAUAAUUUAUUCACUCAAGACAUAUCACCGUGUCAUUUGAUGCAAUUAAAUGACCACUAGCGUUACUUUCUUUCAUCUGAAAUAUCAUCUUGCUUCAUUUUCAAAAUGAUUUGGGGAUAAAUCUCAGAAUUCCAACAAUUCCAAAAUGUACUGAACGCGGCAUUUGUACUACUUCCUCCAUUCUCGCGCAAACUCACAUCGUAGUAGAAUGCGGAUUUCUAUGCUAACCUAACGAGCUAGCUCAUUUUGCUAAAAACAAGCUCAUUGUUGGGACUUUUCCGAGCGUUAAAAUGUCUAAAACGCACCCGCUGUCCCCGUUAUCUUCAGCGGGGACGACUACCGGGGGUCAUUCGUCGUCCUCGUCGUCUUCCUCCGCCGGGGGCUCGACAUCUCCCGCAACCGUGUUGAACGUUCAGCCCGAAAAACCUCAACACUACACCUACCUAAAGGAGUUCAGAACGGAGCAGUGUCCCCUGUUUGUCCAGCAUAAAUGUACACAACACCGGCCUUUUUCCUGUUUCCACUGGCACUUCUUGAACCAGCGGCGCCGCAGGCCCAUGCGCAAACGGGACGGGACAUUCAACUACAGCCCAGAUAUUUAUUGUACCAAAUAUGACGAGGGAACAGGAACCUGUCCUGAUGGAGAUGAAUGUGCAUUUCUACAUCGGACAGCUGGCGACACGGAGCGGCGGUAUCACCUGCGCUACUAUAAGACGGGGUCUUGCAUUCACGAAACGGAUACGAGAGGCCACUGCAGCAAGAACGGCUGCCAUUGUGCCUUUGCUCAUGGGUCACAUGACCUGCGCAGCCCUGUGUAUGAUGUGAGGGAAGUGCAGGUCAUCGAGUGUCAAGGUGGCACGGGACCGUCAGAAGGAGCUGGAGGAGACGGCCAGUCGGGCCAGGCGGCGAGCACGGCCCUCAUAGAGAAGAUUCUGAGUGAGGAACCACGCUGGCAAGAUAACAACUAUGUGUUGUCCCACUACAAGACCGAGCUGUGCAAGAAGCCGCCUCGCCUGUGUCGUCAGGGUUACGCCUGCCCGUAUUAUCAUAACAGCAAAGACAGGCGGCGCAGCCCGCAUAAGCACAAAUACAGAGCUUUGCCAUGUCCGGCGGUGAAACUGAGCGAGGAGUGGGGUGAUCCGAGCAAAUGUGAGUGCGCGGAGGGAUGCCAGUAUUGCCACACGAGAACGGAACAACAGUUCCAUCCCGAGAUCUACAAGUCCACAAAGUGCAAUGACAUGCAGCAGUGCGGCAGCUGUCCCAGAGGACCCUUUUGUGCUUUUGCUCACGUUGAAAAAGCAUUUGUCUUCGAGGAGUCCUUCUCCUCACCCAGAUCCCCCCCACCUCUCCGUCCGCCAGAUCCCGGCUCCGCAGAGGAGUUUGAGUCAAGAGGACAUAAUAAGGGGCUCGGUCAGGUCGGUGACCCCUUCUCGCCCUCUGCCGGGUCACAUGUUGCGGAGCAAGGCCUGCUGGGUAAUGUGCUGAGUCUUUGCGAGGACAUGAGGGGAGCAGCUGAGCCGUUGUCUUCUUGGGUGGGAGAGGGAGGCUAUGGCAGGGCGCCCGGAUUUGAGAGGGAGGAUCAGGCGAAACAGAGGAGUUUUGCCCUCGAGCAGCGCAGCAGAGAAGCGGCAUCGGCGCAAAGCAGUAAACAGGAUCUGCUGGUAUUUCUGCCAGUAGGCAGUCCUUUAAGUCUGUCAUCCAGCAUCCCCUCCAGUCUGGCCGCGACCCCACCCAGCCCUGCGCCCCUCGGACCCCCGGGGGCCGGCAUCGCAUCAGGCAUGAAUGCCAAUGCCUUGCCCUUCUACCCCACCAGUGAGACAGUGGAGUCUGUUGUUGAGUCGGCGCUGGAUGAUCUCGACCUGAAUGAUUUUGGUACUUCAGCGUUGGAAAGGGGCUUGGAGAGUAGUUCAAGUCUGCCGCGGGUGGGAGUGAGGCUCGGUAACCGGCUUCAGAGCUCAGCCCCAGUCAACAUCCCAGGAUCCUUCAGCACACCUGCUCCUUUUAGCUCUCCCUCGCCGUCGCCCCCAAUCAGACCACGCGCUUCCCCAUUCUUCUCCACUCAGCUGUCCCAACCCGGACAGCAAGAGAGUCCCUUCCUGGGCCCAUCCCAUAGCUCCUUAGGUCUUAAUGGUAUGAGCAGUAACAUCUGGGAGCACUUCCCGUCAGGCCAGGGCUCCCCUGGCACACCCCCAGCCCUGAUGCCCUCGGGCCCAUGUGCGGAGACAUCCAGGCUCAAACAGGAGCUCGAGGAGGCUCACAGGGCGCUGAAGCAGUGGGGACACAGCUGGAGACACACAGCUCAGUCGUGGGCCACGCUGAAAGCAGACGCUGAGGAGUCACGUGCCCACGCGGCGCGGUUGGCUAUGGAGGCCGAGAGAAACAGGCAGGCUGAGGAGGAGGCACAGAGACAAUCUUCUCUCCUGGAGGAGGCGCUGGAGACCCUGAGGAGCGGAGACAAUCCCCAUCUAUCGUUGCACCAGCUGCAGAUGCUACACAGACUUCCCUUGGAAUCCAUCCUCAGUCUGCAAGCGCAACUCUGCAGCUGUUUACACACUGUGGAACAGGUGGUGUACAAGAAACAGAGGCAGUGCUGUGUGUCGUGUGGAGAGCAGGGCUCCGUCUCGCUGCCAUGCGGCCAUGGACUACAUUGCGAGAGCUGCUCCACCUCCACAGAGUGCCCUCGCUGUCCUGAACAAACACUGGAGCAGAAGCAGCAGCAGCUCUCCUGACACUUCGGACCAGUCAGACCACCACACACAUCGGAGAUUCCACAUUAGUCAGUCUUGAUUCCACGACCACCAGCCAUGGAUCUUUGACACCAUUCCAGACUUUGUCGAGGUUCUUUUUUACUCUUUAUUGCAACGUGAAUACAUGAUGAUUCCCGACAGACGAUCAUUUCAUGGGGUACAGUGAACAGGCGCUGCCUCGAAUAGCAAAAAUCCAUGCAGAUUGACAUCCACGCAAAAAGAUUUGUAGUUGCCUCGAGCAACUUUUUUUCUAUUGGACAAGGCUAUGGCCUGACUAAAUGAAGCUUGUCCCCUCAUGUCAACAUAGUUCCUUGGCCCCAAAGCAAUAUUUCUACAUUAGACAUGGCUAUGGCCUGAGCACAUUUUUCAAUGAAUAAUGGACGACCAGUUCCCAAAUUUCAAAUACAAGGCUUCAUUGUGCUUGUGGUUAAUCAGCCAUUCGUGAGUAAUUAAGAGAAUAAUUUCCAGUUUUACCAAUGGGAACAUCAGCAUAUUUUCAUCCGAUUGCUCAUGACCAGCACCACUGUUUUUUACACCUACUGUAAUCUUGAUGUGAUUAAUUAACAUCAAUUAGCAUAUUUGACUUCUUUUUUUAAGACUCUGCUUCAGAAUGAAAUGUGGCCACUUGAGGUACACGACACGUGCUUGUAAUGAGAAAUAACCGGCACUGCCCAAAUAGAAAACAAUCCUUACUCGGUUGUGACUGACAAAAGGAAUUGAUUGUGAAGGUAGAAGUCGCCAGAAGUGCAGAAUUGCUCGGCCUCAUGCAAAUAAUGUAAUAUAUAAAGUAACACAGCCGGAUUGCACUGUAUGAUACAAGUGUACCUAAUCAAGUGACUAUUUUUGCAGCGCCGUCAAUCAUCAGAGUUGCCGGCGGGGAUUUCAAAAUGCAUUGCCGUGGCAUGUCACGAAAAAAAAAACAAAAAGCAUUUAGCAUUAAUUUUUUUUUUGUUUUUGUAAUGGCUAACAAAUUUCAUAAAUGCUAACUUAUGAAUCACGUGCAGACUUUUAUACGUUUUUGACAUCAUUUCUGUCCACAUCAAUGUCAGACUGUCUCAAUGUAUGGAUGACAAGGCAAAACGGCAACAUUUUGAUAUGUUAACCAAAUCAUGAGUCUUAGUAAGGUGAUGUGAUAUAAACCCUAAAGGGCAUAUUUCAUCUCAUCCAUAUAAAUUGUACAAUAUAUCUAGCUAUAGCCAAAGGGGGCCGACAGGAGUUAGUGGAGGUGUUGUUUAUAUACUGAAUUUGUUGUUUUCAUUGUAAUUUUUAGCAAAAGAAAUAAUAAAUAAUUAAAACAUGCAAAUAGGAACAAAGUACUUAGUGAAUACAUUUAGAAUGAACUAUACAACAGGCAGCCUCUGUUAAAGCACUCAGGUUUCUCAAAGAGAAAUGCAUAUGAACACAAUCAAGCGAAAUAUACUCAGUCGACUUGUGUAGUCUUUUAAAUUACUUUUUUUUU